UCCUCAUUAUUUUCCGGAAGACGGUUGUGUCUCCUAAAAGAAACAAAAUGGACUCCUGAAACUACAGUUAGCGUAGUAGCUCAUCUUUUUUAAAGGUUAUUGAAAAAAAUAAUUGGGACUUAAGAGUGUAUAAUUACCCCCAUCACCGAACAGAAUCUAAAUCUAUCUGGAGACUGGAGAAUAUUCCCCAACCUCUUCCCCUUCUGUACCAAUGGAAGGGUCUGACAGUUCAGAGCAGAGCGGCAGUGACCAGCCGGAGUCGCAGCGUAGGAGGCAGCUGGAUCGUCUUGACAGAGAAGAAGCCUUCUACCAAUUUGUCAACAAUCUCAGUGAUGAGGACUAUCGUCUCAUGAGAGACAAUAAUCUUUUGGGCACCCCAGGGGAGGCAACUGAGGAUGAGCUACUUAGUAGACUUCAGAAUAUCAAGAAUGGUGCAGAGCAACAAAGUGAAGCGCCCAGCACUGAAAUUGCAGAGGAUCCAAGAGAACAACCUGAAUCGUCUGAAGAUCCUGCCAAUGGCGAUAGUCUCCUGGAAUGGCUGAACACUGUUAGGCGCACAGGCAACACAACUAGAACUGGCCACCGUGGAAACCAGUCAUGGAGGGCAGUAAGUCAGACCAACCCGAACAGUGGAGACUUUCGCUUCAGCCUGGAAAUCAGCGUGAAUCGCAAUUUAGCUGAGCAGCAGGCAGCUGCAGAGGGAGAGCAACAGCCUGUUGAGUCUCAAUCAGUGGAAGGAAAUGCGGAACCACCUGUUCUCAUGGAGACGGGGGUGGUAGAAGAACCAGUGGUUGAGGAAAUGGCUGUUAUAGUAGAACCAGAGCCGGAACCUGAACGGGAAGAGGUUGUUUCAAAUGAGACUCAGGAAGAACCAGCAGUCCCACCAGUUGUUGUGCCAGUUCCACCUACACUUUCUUUGUCUCUGCGUAGGAGGGCUCGAAGCCGCAGCUCAGAACCAUGCAGAACCAGGGCUCGUACAGCCAGAAGCCGCUCCCCUCUCCGGUCAGAUCAGCCAGGAGAGCUCCCUAGUCCCCGCUUUGCUCAUACUUCCCAAGCACCUAUGACCGAUACCAGCCCUCCACCUGCCCCUCAAUUGGAGGGUAGUUCUCGGACUCGACAGCAUGUCGUUUCUAGACCAAGUGCUGCUGAGAGCAAUAUUCAGCAGCCCAGGGUUGAAAUUGAACAUACACCUGAGACACAAAGUGUUGCCUCUCCUGAAGGUGAAGCUGGAGUUGAAGGGGGUGCAGCUGGACGACGCCCUCCUACUAUCAUGCUGGAUCUCCAGGUGCGUCGUGUGCGUCCAGGCGAGUAUCGCCAGAGGGACAGCAUUGCCAGUCGUACCCGUUCUCGUUCACAGAACUCAAACAACACAUUUCUUUAUGAAAGUGAGCGCGGUGGGUUUCGUAGGACUUUCUCACGUUCUGAACGCGCCGGUGUGCGGACCUACGUCAGCACAAUUCGUAUCCCUAUCCGCAGAAUCUCUGAUGCAGGUUUGGGAGAGGCGACCUCAAUGGCUCUCCAGUCUAUGAUUCGACAGAUCAUGACAGGCUUCGGUGAGCUCGGCUACCUCAUGGAUUCAGACUCCGAUUCUUCCGAUUCCAACCGUGGAGCCAACGCAUCUGCGGAUUUGACUGAAAACUCCAAUAACACAGACGCUGCCACUCCUGCUGCUCCUGUUGUUGAUGAACCAUCCGUUCCCGCUGGUGUCAGAGCAAGGACAGUUGAUACCGAUAUGGAUGAAGGACUUCCCACUGCUCCACCAACCCCCGGUAGCAGGGCUCGACCCAGACCUCCAAUUAGCCUCGAGGAACCAAGCUCAUUGCCACUCCUCCGACUGGCUCACUUCUUUCUAUUAAAUGAUGAAGAUGAGGACCAACCCCAAGGGCUGACCAAAGAACAGAUAGAUAACCUCGCCAUGCGCAACUUUGGUGAGAAUGAUGCCUUGAAGACUUGUAGUGUGUGUAUAACAGAGUAUGCAGAAGGAAACAAGCUCCGCAAACUUCCGUGCUCCCACGAGUAUCACGUGCACUGCAUCGAUCGCUGGUUGUCGGAAAAUUCCACCUGUCCUAUCUGUCGCAGGGCUGUUCUGGUGUCUACCAAUCGAGAGAGCGUGGUGUAGUUCGUCGCUGGACUAUUUGUCCACUCUUUAAUAAGUAAUAACCCAAGUUUAUUAACAACUUGAAGGAGAACAGUCUUUGUUGAAAAGUAUACCUUCCAUAUCAUUUGCAAGUUUUAUGUUGAUGUAGUCACCAGUUUGAUUUGGGUUUCACCAAGCUGUUACGUGCAGAGGUUAGGAUUGCUGUGGUAUUCUGGUUUUCUUGAUAUAGCGGAUGGUUAUCAUGUGUGGACAUUUUUUUGCAAAACAUAGGCGCUACGUUAGCACGUUUGUCAUCUCCUCAGUUGAUCCUUGUUUUGGUCGCAUAAUCAGAAGUUUGAAGAUAAGUUACAAUGAUAGACAAAAGGUAAUGUACUACAAAAAAGUAUGUUGCUUUAUUCAGAGACUGUUAUUGUGGAAUGAAAAUGGUUUACCACUGCAAUCCUGAUUUGGGCCCUAGAAAGUGGCAGUUUUACAACUUCACGAUUUCAGCACUAGUUUCUGAAGUUAGUCACACACUCACAACAUGCAUGCUGUUUUAUUCAACCCUUUGGUGACCCUUCUGAUUUUGCACUGGGGCAAGUUACGUGUAAAAGAAAGCCACUUCUAAGAAAAUCAUCUGCUUAUAAAAGCUGUGCACCUGCAGGCAGUUUGAGCAGCUCAAAUCUACAUCAAAUUAUUAGCUCCUUAACAAUGCCUUAUAUACCAUAAGGUGUACAUUGGUACAGUUUAGUUACUCAAUGUCAAAGUAUUAGCUGUAAAUAAGCUUGUAUAAAUAAUUUUGAGUCCUGCCUUGUAUCAGUGGUUUUUGAAUUCGAAAUCAUUUAUGAGAUUAGGGUUUCUUUGGCCAAUGUUAUUGUCUACCAGGGCGACCAGUAUACAGCUGAUUUUAUUUUAGCAAUUAGUUUUGACCAAAUAAGGACAUUGUUGGUUUGCCAUUUCGUGCAUAUACUGCCAUGUUUGUUAACUACAGCAUGAUUUACAAUGUAUAUAAUUGGCCAUAUGAAAAAAUUACUUCAUUGGUUGUACAUAUUGGUUUGAAAUCAUACUAUUGGCGUGUCAAUCGCCCCACAUUUUAACAGGACUAAAAAUCAUAACUUACCUGACCUUUUUGUCAAUAGUUAGUUCCCUAAAAGCCUUCUAAGUUUUUACGUAAACAGUGAUGUGCAAUUUUUUCCCCCUCCACAUUAAUGAAAUUGCUGGUCUAUCAUAAUUAGUAUAUUAACAAACUUUUCGUUGAUGUAAGGAUUACUGAGCUAAACGGAAUGAAGCUUCAUUUCUUCAAAUCUAAAUGAAAUAAUGGCAACGUAACCGAACUUAAAUUUCCCAUUUGCAAUGUCAAAAAUAGGGGAAGAGUGCUUCAGUAUAGUCCUGGUAGACUGUUAUGAUGUUCAGCCACAGAUGCCCAUUACAGUGUGCAAUACAUGCAAACAUCACAGUAAACAAAACAAUUAUUAUAAAUGUAUGAUAUUAUUAAAUCUAUUGUCAGUGGCAAAAAUGUUAAAGAUUUAUUGCUUUAUUAAAUGUGAGAAGUACAUUGUAUGAGAGGAUGUCAGUUUUUAUGGCACUAAUUUGACAACAUGAUGAAAAAGAGCACAGUUUACAAGAACAACAUUCUACUCAUCCAUGGUUACUAUACUUAGUUUUGUAGGCCAUGAAAUGGAUUUACCAUUUUCUUAAUGUUGAAAAUCAUCAACUUGUGUAUAAACUAUGUAAACUAUGUUCCUUUCUUGGGGCCACGCUUGGUCCUGUUCUGUGUUCCACCCAAUUUGACUGGGUUUGAAAGCAAAUAAACUGCUGAAUUAAACAAGUAAUGCUACUAAUGCCUUGUAGUUA